GGAUGUGAGAGAGAUUUUAGUCCUCAUGCAAAACAACCAACUAAACAUAACAGAUUACAUCACCUCAGGCUUUUCAAUUCCUGGAUGGCAGCAGAGUGCUAAUCCAACCUUCAUCCUGGAUUUCAUAAACUGAAACAAGGGAGGCUGGCAGGAGCAGCGCUGCCGGAUUGAGGAAGCUGACGACGGUGCAGCAUGUGGGCAACACACUGUAUAAAGCUCAUAAACUUGUAGGCUGAUGUGUGCAGCUACCACUUUGGAUUCUGUACUGCUGCUUCCCUCGGCACAAGGCACCAGCAGGCUGAGCAUUAAAGCCUGCUCUUUGGGACGGAGCAUUUACCCCUGCAAGACAUGAAGGGCUUCCUGUUUCUCACACUCCUCCUGAUGCCCGUGCACGCUGGAACUGCUUGGAGUGCGAAAUACGCAGUAGAUUGUCCCGAGCCCUGUGACAGUAACGCAUGCAAAAGUACCUUGCGCUGUAAGCGAACAGUGCUGGAUGACUGUGGCUGUUGCAGAGUGUGUGCAGCUGCUCUGGGGGAGACUUGCUAUCGUACGGUCUCGGGUAUGGAUGGUGUCAAGUGUGGUCCUGGGCUGAAGUGCCAGUUUUACACAGAGGAGGAUGACUUUGGUGAUGAAUUUGGUAUCUGCAAAGAGUGUCCCUACGGUACCUAUGGAAUGGAAUGCAGGAAAACCUGCAACUGUCCCUCUGGCAUCUGUGACAGAGUAACUGGGAAGUGUUUGAAGUUCCCGUUUUUUCAACUGUCUGCUUCAAAGCCUCCAAAUCGAAGAAAAAUAGUUUCACACACAGAGAAUGACAUGGCAUCAGGGGAUGGCAAUUCUGUAAGAGAGGAAUUCGUUAAGGAGAAAGCGAUUCGCUCUCCGGUAAUGAAAUGGCUAAAUCCUCGCUGAUAAUUACUUACACUCAUAAGACUUUCAAGUGAAUGCAUUUCUCACAGAUUAUUGAAUAUGCAACAACACACUUUAAAAACAAAGUAGAUCUAUAGCUUAUCAAAAUGUAACCUCUGAAGGCCAAUUGUGAUUCUGUUUUUCAUGAGAAAAAUGUUUACUUAAAAAUAGACUGUACAGUGUAUAUGAUUUUUGAUAUUUGUUUUGAUAAGUAUUUGAACAGAGAAAUGUAUUGGGGAUUCCUGAAUGUAUAGUAAUAUUAAAAAAACCAACACGAUUCAACCCUCCUCAUUUAAAUAAUGCCAGAGGCCAACUUAUGCAGCCUGAGGACGUGAAAGCUCUCACUGAAUUCAGUGGACAGUUUGGGUGAGUGAAACUAUUGGUGUGGAGCCAACGUGAAAGAAACGCACACCAACAAAUCCCAGGAUAGAAAGCAACACCUCUGAAUCACAAGAAUAAUAAUAACGUAGGAGCACAACAGCGUGACUUUAGUAAACCAACGCUAGUUGUUAGUCAUUUUCUGGUUUUUGGAAGUUUGGUGACAAUUUCUCAGAGAUAAAUACUUCAGUAAGAAAACACCCAACAUUUCAGUUCAUACAUUGUGAAAAACUUCGCCAAGACACUGCAGAUUAUUGUAUUGAGGUGGAUUUCUAUAGUUAAAUUCUGUACAGAGAAACAGCAGCUUGGUAAAUUAUACAGGUUUGUAUGGGGGGACCUGAAACAAAAGAAGCUGCUUAGUAUUAUUUAAACAUAUGUUCCUAUAAAGCAUCUCUUUCAGUGCCAUUAAGGUGACAUCUGCAUUUCUUGGGGAAGAGCGGGUCCAACUCCAGAGGCCAGCAAAUGGACCCUCCUACUUUCCAUCUUCAUCGCUGGCUGUGGCCCAGCUGCAACUCACGGGGAAUUCAUCUGAUCCAGCGUAGGGGAGGCUUGGACCCUCACUGGGUGGUAGUGCAGCCACAUCCUACACUACUCUGGUGCCCAGUCCUUUGUUUCUUACUUACAGGAGCAAGGGGUCACGUUUCAGCCAGGAGAAUAACUCACAUAUGUUAGAAUGUUGUAGGAACUGACAUCCCCUCAUUCAGUCCAGGCUGGAUGAUAUAUUUGUAACAUAAAAUUCCACACUGAGAUGGGUUUGCUAAUGUGUCUGGAAACAAGCAUAUCCUCAGAUAAUGCAAGCUGAUGUAGGUGUGUCAGAGUGAACCAGGAUUGCAUGAGUUUAGGAACUGCCUCGUAACACAGAGCACUCCCAUUGGAAAUGUGGUUUGGACUGAAUAUUUCCUUUGAAAUCAAUGUGAGCUUUGACAGUGGCUUCAGUGAAAGAGGGAGCACACAGUACCACAGCCAAAGUUCGGUGCAGAAUCUGAAAACAUACUUUUAAAACUACGAACAACAGAAACUCCAAAGCCUUUAAAGCGUCCAAAUCCUGAUCCAAAGCCAAGAAGCACGGUGCCUUCACCUGGCACAGCAGCACUGAACUGUGCUGUUCUAGAACAAAAGGAUGAAGAGGGUAGCAGACAUCCAAAUGUCAGUAUGGCAGUGCAGGCUCUCCUGCCACGAUAAUCUGAGACACACAAACAUAAAUCUCAAACUGGCAUAUAGCACAAUUUAACCUGUAUUGAAUGUUUAGGUCUGAGAAGGAGCAAUAUUAUCUUGGGAUAUUUACCAGCAAGCACAUUGAUUCUCAUCUACUGGUGUCAAAAGAAAUGUUUUCUUGAUUUCAGUGAGAGCAGGAUCAAACCCACGGUCCUUCAGCAGACUGAAGAGAAUUAUUUAAAGAACGUAGUAAAUAUUUGCAUACAUUAUUACUAUUUUGCAACAGUGUCAUAUAUGACAUUAUGAGUUCUUGAAUGUAAAUCCAAUAAGCUGGUUGGUUUUAAAAAGUAUAUUAUUA